AUGAAAUAUAUAUUGUUAUUGUUGACUAUUGGAGUGUUUUAAGUAAAUGCUGUAAAUUGGGCAUUAUUGGUUUCAGGUUCAAAUGCAUUCUACAACUACAGACAUCAAGCUGAUGUAUGUCAUUCAUACAAAACAUUAAUUAAAAAUGGUUAUUCUCCUGAAAAUGUGAUUGUUUUUGCAUAUGAUGAUAUUGCUUAGAACAGAUAAAACAUCUACAAAGGGGCCAUUUAUAAUUAACCUAAUAAAGAUGGAUUUUCAGAUAAUGUUUAUGAUGGUUGUGUUAUUGAUUACUCUAAGACUGAUGUCAAUCCAACAAACUUUCUCAAUGUAUUGAAAGGAAAUUAUGAUCAUUUACCUGAUGGUCAUAAAUUUAUUAAUUCCACAAGAGAAGAUAACAUUUUCGUUUAUUUCUCAGAUCAUGGAUCUCCAGGUUUAAUAGCUUUUCCAACUUCUUAUCUCUAUGAAUAAGAAUUAAUGGAAACCUUUUAAUAUAUGUUUGAGAAUAAUAGAUAUAACAAACUUGUUUUCUAUUUGGAAACAUGUGAAUCUGGAUCAAUGUUUGUGAAUCUACCAAAAGAUCAUAGAAUUUAUGCAUUGUCAGCUGCUAAUCCAUAUGAAUCAUCUUGGGGAACAUAUUGUCCACCUGACGAUAUUGUAAAUGGAAAGAAUCUUGGAACAUGUUUAGGAGAUGAAUUUUCAGUUACUUUCUUAGAAAAUGUGGAUCUUGGAGAUUUUUCAUAGACUUUAUAAGAACAUUUUGAAUUUAUCAGAGAUAAUACAUUAAAAUCUAAUGUUAUGCAAUGGGGUGACCUUUCAUUUACAAGUGAAACUAUUAAAGAAUUCUUUUGGGGACGUAAAUUCCUUGAAAAAAGAAAGAUGUGCCCCAAAGAUGCCUUUUUUAUGAAUGAUGAAGUAUUUAAAAUUUAAUAAAAAAUAUAGAAUGUUUCAAGAUGGGAUUCAAGAGAUAACAAAUUGUUAUUUUAUUAAAAUAGAUAUAAUAAAACUGGUGAUUUGGAAGACUUCAUUGAAUUAGAAAAAGAAAUCAAAUCAAGAGCAUACUUUGAUACUAUUGUAAAUAUUAUUUAUUUAUUAUUUAUUUAGUUUGGUGAAUUACAAUAAUCAUUAAAAUUGACUGGAGAUUAUCAUUUUGCUUUAAAUUAGAAUUGUCUAAAGUCAGUUAUAGAAACAUUUGAAAAUAAAUGCACAAAAUUAACUGAUUAUGGACUUAAAUAUGUUAAAUUAUUUGGAGAGAUGUGUGACAGCACAAACUUACUUCAAAUUCAAUUAAAUAUGAUAGUAUCAUCUUUAUGUAUGACAGAAUGA